UCUCUCUCCCCCCAACUUCAGCAUCUGCGCUCUCACGAUGCACACAUCCGCUGGUCUGAUCCUCCACCAUCCAGUCCACCCGGGUCUCUUGUGAGAGGGAAAGUCACAGCUGCUGCGAGAGCCUGCGUGUACAUUAUGUCACCCACAACCGAGCAGCAGUGAUCCGGAGCCGAGCCACUGCAGGAAUGGACGCAUCUAACGGUUCCUCCUACCAUGAGGAGGUGCUGCUGGUGAACUCCACCUGGGACUACUCCCACUAUCCCCAGAACUACACCCUGUCUCCGUCACCGCUGACAGACAAGACCAGCACCUCCAAACCUGCAGCAUGCGAGCAGGUCCACAUCGCCAUAGAGGUCUUUCUGAUUCUGGGCAUCAUCUCCCUGCUGGAGAACAUCCUAGUCAUCACAGCCAUAGUGAAAAACAAGAACCUGCACUCACCCAUGUACUUCUUUGUCUGCAGUCUGGCCAUAGCAGACAUGUUGGUGAGCGUAUCCAACGCCUGGGAGACCAUCAUCAUUUACCUCCUGAGCAACAGGCAGCUCGUGGUGGAGGACAACUUCAUACGGCAAAUGGACAACGUGUUCGACUCCAUGAUCUGCAUCUCUGUGGUCGCCUCCAUGUGCAGCCUGUUGGCCAUAGCUGUGGACAGGUACGUCACCAUCUUCUACGCGCUGAGGUACCACAAUAUUAUGACGGUGAGGAGGGCUGGCUGCAUCAUCGGGGGGAUCUGGACCUUCUGCACGGGCUGCGGCAUCGUCUUCAUCAUCUACUCGGACACCACCCCCGUCAUCAUCUGCCUGGUCUCCAUGUUCUUCGCCAUGCUCCUCAUCAUGGCCUCCCUCUACAGCCACAUGUUCAUGCUGGCCCGCUCGCACGUCAAGCGCAUCGCCGCCCUCCCUGGCUACAACUCCAUCCACCAGCGCGCCAGCAUGAAGGGGGCCAUCACGCUGACCAUCCUGCUGGGCAUCUUCGUGGUCUGCUGGGCGCCCUUCUUCCUCCACCUGAUCCUGAUGAUCUCCUGCCCGCGGAACCUCUACUGCGUGUGCUUCAUGUCCCACUUCAACAUGUACCUCAUCCUCAUCAUGUGCAACUCGGUGAUCGACCCGCUCAUCUACGCCUUCAGGAGUCAGGAGAUGAGGAAGACCUUCAAGGAGAUCAUCUGCUGUUACAGCUUGAGGAACGCCUGCAGCAACAUCUGCGCUCUGACAGGUAAGUACUGAAAGACAAGCCUGAGAAGACAGGACGGACGGGAGGACUGUGAAUGUAACAUCAGACCGUAACUAUGGAACGUCUCUCGCCACAUAAGAAGAACUCGCUCAUUGCACUUUUCAGCCUCUUCUGAUCACUAUUCACCAGGACAGUCUGGGCAGGAAUGUAUCUGCCAUGUUUAUUAGCCACAAACAUCAGGCAUCACAAAUCACAACAAGGAUUGUUUGUGGAUUCUUGCUCCAUGCAUGGAAAGUUAGAAAAUGAGGCCCCUCCUGUCUCCCAUGACAACUGGACGACACGGCCAUCACGCUCUGUGUGGUCAUGUGCCAUGUGUCGUUUCUCGUUUUUUGUUUCUUUUGCUUUGCAUCUAUGAACCUUGGCCCAUUUCUUAAUCUGUCAAUCCCAGUCCCCUCUGUUUUAACUAAUACAAUAAGCUAAACUUCAACACUGAAGCCUAGUUUUAGUCUAAGGAGAAUGUAUUCCCUUCCUCUCUGUGUUCCCUCCUGUAUGUUCGGCUUCUACAGUAGCUGUAGUAUUUCCACUGAUGCUGUUGUGUGAAGCAGCGUCAGGUGGAUUUCAGGGAGAAACCAGCAACCGAACUGAACGUGAACUUUGAAAGCCAACCCAGAAGAGCUUGUCCAGUUUUUUUAAUGAUAUCUAUUUCAAUGGCUUUUUAUCAUGUGACUGAUGGAGGUUUGUUUACAUUACUUCUAUUACUACUGAUGGUGGAGUCUACUGUCUGCCCAUGAUGAUCAGGACAGAUUCACCUGUACCUCUGUUAAACACACAAUAGAUGUUAGUUGAUGGACAAGUGUGUCAUUGGGAACAUCAGCUCCCAAGAAGCCGGAGCAGAAGGGAGGGGUAAAAAAAAUCAUCUCGAGGACAGAACAUGGAUCUACUUUUACUGCACAAUUCAGCAUCAGCUAAUGAGCUCCAUCACAUACGUGCAAGUAGACACUCGACAGCGCAUUUCUACCUCGUGAGCAUUAGGAUUAUAAACAAUGUGACUGCUGCUGUGAUCAUAUUUCAUAGUAACGUUCUUAUGACUUCAUAAUCUCUUUGCUGUUCUUUAAAGCACAGGUCAGACACAGAACAGGUUCAAUGCCACUUGUGUUGUGGCCAAUGUUGUGGGUUUAUUUCUGUGCACGAAUGGCAGCGAUUAUAGUGUCUUUAAACCACCUCUUAUAUCAUUUAAAAGAAACUAUUACAAACACACUGGGUUCUGACGCUCCCCAACAGACGGCUCCUGCUGAAACACAGUAAGGAACGAUGUCAGCGGUACUUGUCCAUGGACCCAGACAGGUUGCCUUAUUUGCUAUGCUCAGGUAGGAGAACUUUUGGACAGCUUCACCUACCUUCAGCCGACAUCCUUUGCCUGCUGCCGUUAACAAGCAGCUUCCUCCCAUCCGCCAACACUCAAAAGAACCACAGUUGCUGCUGGGAUGUGAAUGUAGGUACGCUCUAAUUAUAACUGCUUCUUCUCAGCCCCAGUUCUGUGUAAAUGUGCGAUGACUUGAAAAAGUUAAAAAAAACAGCCUUUCUAAGUGUGCUAGUGUCAUCUACCUCCCAGAUGAGAGGCCUCACCGUCUUCUUAUAAGGUGUUACGCAUCAUUGCUCAGUGGUAGAUGCUUCAAUUAUAGGGUUAUUUAGUGAAACAGCCCAUUGGUUUUUCUUCACACUGAUCCAGUGCAUUUAAUGCAUAUACAUACAGAUCCAUGUAGGAACAAGUAGUCAGUGAAUGUUUUUUUGUGAUGUCAUUGCCUUUGUUGUGUUUAGUUAUUGAAGUGAGAACAAAAAUAGCCUAUGAACAUACACACAUGCUUCUAUUAAAUCCAAGGAUCUUUAAACAUUUCUUUCCUCCCACAAGUUUUUUUUUGUUGCUAAACACUCACAUAUUGUACAGUACCAUCAGCCUACAGUAUCUGUGUACUUGUACAAAGGGGUUCAUACUUAUAUCUAAUUAUGAAGCUCUGAGUAUUUGCUGAAACAGAAACGUGAGUCGACCGUGACGUGAGCCCACGUUUUGAUUCGCAGCUGCAUGAUCUGUCUCAUGUUUCUAGCUAGCGAGGCCCUGUUUACAGCUGUGGGGGCGUACUUCAUGUUCUUAGUAAAGUGGCAGCAUGCUACAGUAUAGAUGUGAGCUACAGUGGUAAUGAUGGACAUGUGCCGUUUUGCUUCAUGAUUUGAUUAUGAAUAAAAUCUGUCAGAUACAA